CGCCGCGCGAGUUACGCGGGCGCAGUGGCUGAGUCAGGCGCGAGCGGGGGGCGCCUACUUCCGGGGUCCUGCUGAACAGAAAGGCGGCGGCGGCGGCGCUGAGGGGAGAGAGGCUGAGAGAAGAUGUCCGGCCGGGAAGGAGGUAAGAAGAAACCAUUGAAACAGCCUAAAAAAUCGAACAAGGAAAUGGACGAGGAUGAUCUUGCUUUCAAACAGAAAAAGAAGGAGGAGCAGAAAAGGCUUGAUGAGUUGAAAGCAAAAGCUUCAGGCAAAGGGCCACUCAGUUCUGGAGGUAUCAAAAAGUCAGGCAAGAAGUAACAAGGAGCAUGAGAAUGUCCAAAAUGAACGAUAUUGAUGUUGAUCACUUGUCUAUCUCCAGAGGGCGGCGGAGGACUACAUUUGCUACCUGCUUUUGUUAUUUUCUGUUUAAGCUUUCUACCUUUCCCUGUAAAUUGUACAUUUGUUUAGAACACCAAUAAAAAAAAAUCCAGUUUU